CAGCCACAGAACGUAAACCAGGCUUUGAACUCGGAUGAGAGGAUCAACGUAGGAAGGCUCCAGUCAUAUGAUUUGGCGGGGGUCGGGAUUUCCAGUAUAUGGACAGCACAGGAUUGUAAGAGCCCCUCAGUUGUUGGCUGAUGAGAAUGGGUAGAAUGUACUCGUAAUGAGUUCUAUUUGAGAGACACAAGCCAAAUGGACUUCUAGACAGGACAAACUACCCAGGACAGUCAGAGACAUUUAGAAGUUGGAUGGCAAGCAGUCUAAAGCGGUUGCAAUAAUGUCACAAAAAACAAACAAACAGAUUUACUUUGCAAGUUUUUAAGACCGGCGCUUGACUGUGCGGGAAACGGUGGAAACCAAAGGAGAAAGGAGGGUUCUGUCGCUCGCACGUGGUAAACCCAAACGCGGGUGCCGGAGUAAAACAUUUGGUGGAAAUGAAUAACACCGUGACUGGAUACGAUGGAAGGGACGCAAGAACUAAGGAAAACGACUCGCCAGCGAAGCAAUUUGCAGGAGCAUCAACAUCCACUCCUAUCCCUGCGAAGACUCCUCCGCUUGGGUUACCUGGGGUUAUGGACGCGGAAGGGAGAGUGGACGAGUCAAGGCUGCGGGCGUACAUCGUGAAAAACGGGGGCGUGUCCCCUUCUGAGCGCGCACAGGCGUGGCGCUUCCUGUUCGGCAUGUUCCCCUGCAGCUCCACCGCUCUGGAGCGCCCCCUGCUGCAGGAGCAGCUGGCGGUGCGGUACCGGGUCAUGAAGAGGAAGUGGCAGCGGCUGCUUCCUGGCUGCGUGCGCUUGCGCCUGAACGGCACCGACGCCGAGCUGGUUGCCGCGGUGAAGUACUAUGAGCAAAGGAAGAAGGCGGCUCAGGAACUGUGCCAGGAGCAGAGCGAGGAGGUCAGGGAGAGACUGUCCUUCCUGGAACUGCAGGCACAGGUCGUUUUUGAGCGGGUCGCUUUUGACCUGGAGGAGCUGCAGGAGGCCGUACGCAUCAUCGACAAGGACGUCCCGCGGACCGACCGAGACCUGGCCUACUACCUUGGAGAGGGCUCCGGCAACCUUUUGGUCCUGAGAGACAUUCUUAUCACGUAUGCUGCUUUUCACCCAGAGGUCAGCUAUGCCCAGGGGAUGAAUGACCUCUGCAGCCGCUUCCUGGAGGUGCUGGACUCUGAGGUGGACACGUACUGGAGCUUUGCGUGCUACAUGGAGAAGUUCUCCCGCGACUUCAGGGCCGACGGGCUGCACCGCAAGAUCGAGCUGGAGGCGGAGUUGCUGAAGGAGCUGGACCCCCAGCUCCACGCCCACUUGGUGACGGACAGCAUGGACAGGCUCACCUUCUGUCACAGAUGGCUGCUCCUGGGCUUUCAGAGGGAGUUUGAGCACAGCGACGCUCUGCGGCUCUUCGAGAUCCUGAGCUGUGACCAUCUGGAGCUCAUCUCCCAGCAGGUGGACCGUGCUCACUACAGGGAGCGGCUGGCCUGCAAGCUGAGCCUGGACGACCGGCCGGCCUCCGAGGCCCAGGCGGUCAACGCGGAGUUCACCUUCGAGCUGUUCAUCUGCGCCGCCAUCCUGCUGCAGCACCGCGACGCCCUGCUGCGGAGCCGCAGCGAGGUGCAGCUCAUCCAGUUCACCAGCAGUCUGCAGGGGACGCUGGACCUCAACAGCAUCCUGAAGAAAGCGGAGGACCACUUCUACAACUACUGCAAGAGGUCGGCCUGGGACCACCUGGGCGACGGCUGCCGGUCUCGCAGGAGCAAAGAGGACCAGUUCAUCCACCAGCUCCGCAACCUCUUCUCCUGAGCCCGCGGAAGGGUCGGGGCGGGGUUUGGAACAUUCCGGAAACUCCCCAUCGGGAUUGGUUAAAACCUGCCGAAUCAGAGGACUGUUCUAAAUGUCCUCCAGUACUCUCUGCUCUUCUUACAACUCCACCCACCACUCCCCCCCCGUCCCCCCGUCCAAAAUCAUGCUGCUUUCACCAAACUCCUCCCCCUAAACUUUGUCAUGUUAUUUGAAAUGAUGUCACAUGUUUACCUGUUCAUUUCACUUGUGUGUUCAAACUGGUAUUUAUUUUAUAGGUAAUGAAGGAAGCUGAAUACGUAUCUUCUAAAGACAUGGGAAGUGGAAGAAAGGGCUGAUAACAUAUUUCUGGGACUGUGAGUUUUCUCUGGGGGUGUGACAGGAAAUGACAUCCUGUCAUCAGAGCGCUCCUGUCUCUGGUGGGAAGGGGACUUGCACACGCAUAGCAGGAGCCAUUUUUAAGCCGUGUUUUUAGCAGUCUCUGCUUUUUUUGGGGAACUGGUAUUUUGUGGAAGUCGUAGGUCCCGACCAAGAGCGUGACUUUAGUUUGAAUUCUGAGGGGGUUGAAUUGCGUACCCCCUGGAGAACUGCAAAGUUCUAGGGAGGUCCGGGGGGAUGCCCCACUCGGACAAGAUUUUAUAAAAGCUGUGAAAUGAUCAUUUCUGGUGAAUUCUAUGGAGAAAAUACUUCAGACUACUGAUCAGUAAAUCCCAAUCACAACAUGAAAUCGCCAUCUUUAUCGCAUUACUUUAUUUUUCUCAUCAUGCUAUAUCAUUGGGGAGUUAUUUGGUCUGUUUUUUAAUAUUGGGGGAGCUGUAACCCCCCGCCCCAGCCCCCAUAAAUCCCACCCUUGGCCCCGAGUCUCAGUCCUUCGGUCUGAGAUGGCGGGUGGUCGCUGCGUCACUCUGAAACAGCGUGUAAUAAUAGCGCAGACUUCACGCGCGACGCCGUGGUCUCUGAGACAGGCCGUGGGCCGCCGCCAGGAGGGGGCUCUUUCUAGAAGACCCCCCCCCAGCGCCGGGAGAGAGCGGUCUCCCCUGUCAGCCGCCCAGAAAUAGCCCUGGCCGGGAAACUGCUUCUGCACUGGAAAGAUCAAGAUGCAUGCUGGGCCACCAAAGGCCUGCACUUUCACAGGUAGAGAUCUUUUAAUAAUUUUUUUUUUUUUGGUUUGUCAACCGAACAUGAAAGACGGGGCCACGGAAUUUUGUGGACCAAGGAAUUUUAAAGCGACAUCGGAACAUGUUGGGCAAUCAGUUUCUUAGGCUCAAGAGAAACCUUUCCCAAAAUUCUCCUGUUCUCUGUUAACCCAUACAGAUGAUUAUCCCAGUCCUUUCCUCUGGCUGCCGGGGGGGGUCAUUUCCUCUGGCUGCCCAGGCACCUGCUGGGUGCAGAGACGCGUACUACGUUUGGUCAACAUGUUUCGCUGUGGAAAGGACCUCGAAUGUUCUGGGUGUUUUCCACUGUAGGUGGAGGGGGGGCGGGGGGGUCAUUCAGUGUCACUCAGUGUCCAGGACAUCCCAGACAGGGUCUUCCAGACGCAGGGCAGGUGCAGUUCUCCCAAAAGCAGUCUUAGAAGGCCAGUGGCAUUAGCCAGAAGGCUGAAAAGAGAGAGUUAGAAGGGGGGGGGGGGGUAUUUUAGGAUCGCCUCUUGACAUUUCAGCUCCCGUGCAGCUAGGAGUCUGACUAAAAGAAUUAGUAUUUGCACGUGGGGUUGGCUGAAUUUACCCUUUAUGUAGUACAUGAGAGGAUUGGAACAAUUUAAUGAAUUGUAGGGGAAACUAAUUUAAGUCUUUCAGCAUCAAGAUUGUCUCUGUUCAGCCAUCGCACCACUCUUAAUGAACCACCACCGUACCCGUUUCAGAUAUUUCGGAUUGUCUCUCAGAAACAGUGAACUUGACCUCCAGUCGUGGUCACCAGUGGUAGAAUUCUUUUCCAAUGAGUACACUUGUACUUGGAUUUGGAACAUACCAAUAAUAUUAUCAUUGCUGUUAUCAUUGCUGCUGACACCACAUACUCUUUAUUCUGGGGUAAAAUAAUGCUUAAGAAGGUUUUUAAUGAGUAACGGUCUAAAUAGGUACUUGCCUUACAUGUUUGCAUUGAAGCGUGGAUGACAUGGGUAUUUGUGUUUCUUUAGAAUGUAGCAAUUCAUAUUGAUCAAAUGAUUAUUUAAAGACCUUAAAGCAUAAAAUUGUAUGCUCCUAGUAUUUUCUCCGUUGUGAUACUAUAUGUGCAAUAAUGUUGCACGCUCAUAUGCUUUUAUCCAGAAUUAUGUAUUGUGAUACAUAAUUAUGGUAUUCACAAUAUGCUCUAUAUGGCGUGAUGUUCUGUAUGUGUCACUUGUUUUAUUAUGAUUAUCAAAGUGUGUUCAAUAAAAAUGUCAACAAAA